AUGUCUACACGUGCUGGUUCUAAACAAGGAAAACCAGCAGGUAGAUCAACUACAAAAACAUCGGGAAAAGAUCUAAGUAAAACUGAUAAACAACCACCAAGCGUAAUAGAAAUAGUUCCAGGAAAAUUUAAUGAAUCAGAUUGGAUAUCAUUAUUAGAAAAUGAUGAUACAGAAGAUUUUAUAGCUGAUAUAUUUGAAAGUAUCUGGACAGAAACAUCAAAACAAAUUCAACAAAUACAUAUUCGAAAACAAUUAUUACCAUUUACAUUAAUGAUGACAGAAAAUGCCUUAUCUAAUGUUAUUCAAUGGGCAUUUUUAGAAAGAGAUGAACCAAAACCAAGUUCCGGUAAUUUCUGGACAGAAGAUACGGAACCUAUACCAUGUAUUAUGGAUAAUUGGGGUGAAGGUGUUGUACCUGCAUGUCGAGAAGAACGUCCUCAAAGUAUGAGAGAAUCAUCAUUCUCAAUGGCUGAUCGUCCAGUAACAGCUCCUGUUAGUAUUCCAAUACUUGAAGCUAUCGAUCAAAUUCGACGUCCUUCAACAGGUUCAUCAGUAGGCAGUUCAAUUCGUACAUCGCAUUCGAAUAGUCGAGCUAAAAAACUUUCAAAAAUUAAUGAAUCUAUUGAUAUUGAACAACAUAUUAAAUUAGAUCCAUGGACUAAUACUGAUAGCAAUGAUAAUAUAUUAACUCAAAAAGAAUCUUCGACUGAGUACGAUACUAAUCGAUCAUCUUUCGAACAAAAACAUUAUAAUCAUGAUGUACUUGUCAUUCAAACACAACCACCUAAACUUGAACCAUUAGCGGAAUUAUUUCAACCACCACGAAUGACUACAAAGAGUUCAUCUACUCAAUCAAUUCCACUCAUAUCAAGUACAAAACGUCGAAAUAUAAAUCAAUCAAAACUAUCAUCACAAUUUGGUUCCGAUGCGGUUGCAUCAACAACAAAUAUGAGUGAAACAACAACUACAAAAAGUCAUAAAAAACCUAGUGAAUCAAAAAUAUAUGAUGAUCAACAGAUUGAAGAAGUUAUUUCAAAAGCUCCCGUUGCUACACAUGCAAUGCUUAAAAGCAUUCUCAGUAGACCACCUGGAUAUCGAGAACUUGAUCUUGAUGAAUAUGGUAAUGUUAUUGCUAUAGCAAAACUUGAUCCAGAUAAAAUUGCAUCAAAAAAUAUACGCGUAAAAUGUGAUCUUGUGAAACCAAGAAAACCUGCAAUGGAAAUUCGUCCGCCGCCAACUAAAACACCACAACAAAUAAAAACUGAUCGAUCUGCAUCAAAAUAUGCAUCAGUUAAAAUUGUACUUCCAGAACAAUCAACUGAAGUUGGAGAUCUUAUUCAACCAGUAGCAGGUGUUCUAUAUGAAGAUUCUCGAUUGAAAAAAGGUGAUCCGGGACAAUAUCAAAGUGGCACAGCUAAAUUUACAAAUUACUAUGAUGAAAAUAAUCCAUUGAAACCUAUUGCUCAACGAAGUAAUUUAGCUUUAAUACAAGUAGCUAAUGAUUUAUUACAGAAAUCAAAAGAGAAUAAUAAUAAUAAUAAUGAUGAUGAUGAUAACAAUGAUCGAGAUUCACAAAUUCCUAAAUUACACAGGCUUGCUCGAAUACCGCCAAUUAUGUCUGGAUCGGGUACAACAUCAGCAUAG